GUGCUCGCCUCGUUCCAUCCAUCACACCUCGUAUUACUACUCUAUCCCAAUCAUUGUAAAACAACAGUGUUUUGCUAGUACGAUAGGCGACAGAGAUGACAUCUUCGUCCUCGAACGUUGUUGGGGUUCACUACCGGGUGGGAAAGAAAAUCGGUGAAGGCUCCUUCGGUGUUAUCUUUGAAGGAACAAACCUUUUGAACAAUCAGCAGGUUGCAAUCAAAUUCGAACCGCGGAAGAGUGAUGCUCCUCAACUCCGAGAUGAAUAUCGCACCUACAAGAUCCUCGUUGGAUGCCCUGGCAUACCUAAUGUCUACUAUUUUGGGCAGGAGGGUCUCCACAACAUUCUCGUUAUUGAUCUCUUAGGUCCAAGUCUAGAAGAUCUUUUCGAUCAUUGCAACCGAAGGUUCACUAUAAAAACAGUUGUAAUGGUUGCAAAACAAAUGUUAUCGAGGGUCCAAACAAUCCACGAGAAAAAUCUUAUUUACAGAGACAUUAAACCGGACAACUUCCUAAUUGGGAGACCUGGCUCCAAGGCAGCCAAUGUGAUCCAUGUCGUCGACUUUGGAAUGGCAAAACAGUACAGGGACCCAAAAACAAAGCAGCAUAUUCCCUACCGAGAACGCAAAUCUCUAUCGGGAACUGCACGUUACAUGAGUAUCAACACGCAUCUUGGUAGGGAACAGUCACGCCGAGAUGACCUUGAAGCCCUAGGCCAUGUGUUCAUGUACUUCCUUAGAGGUGGUUUGCCAUGGCAAGGCUUGAAAGCUGCCACUAAUAAGCAAAAGUACGAAAAAAUUGGCGAAAAGAAACAGACAACUGCCGUCAAGGAUCUCUGUGAUGGAUAUCCAGACGAGUUCAACAAGUACCUUACCUAUGUUCGAAACCUCGGUUUCGAAGAUACUCCUGAUUACGAUUAUUUGCGCGAUCUUUUCACUCAAGCAUUGAAGAAUACAGGGGAAGUGGAAGAUGGGGAGUAUGACUGGAUGAAGCUGAACGGAGGUCGAGGUUGGGAAGCCUCUAAGUCUUACCCUGCCCAACACCACUUGCACACCGGCAAUGCAAUGCCGAAUUCAUCUGCUCGGGAAAUUCAUGGUGCUUCAGCGCCCCCGCCCCCAUCUCCUGCGAAACCAGGAGCUGGGAAACCAGCGCGAGAGCGGCCAAACGCAUCCGGCGGGCCGCAAGUCAAGCGUCAAAACGGAGCGGCGGGGGGACUCGAUGCAACUGCAGCAGCUUCAACGCAGGCUCAGUUUCAGAAUUCAAAUGCACAUCUCCCGGGCCGGAUCAGCAACCCGGUCAAUAGCACAAUGAACAAUCCCCAGGCUCAACCAGCGCGGAGAACCCCUGAACCUGAGCCUACCUUUGUGCAGAAAGUGAUGAAAGCAUUGUGUUGUGGUUGAAUUUCCAGCCCAUCUAACAAAAUAAUCCUGAUUUGACAACAUGUUACUGUGGGAGUUGAUCGAAAGGCUCCUUAUCCCAUACAUCUAUGGAGCCUUUUCUCUUUCGCUUGUUUCUUUUUUUUCUUUUUCGCGGGAACACGUUUUAACGACACGGCCGACGACGGAUUCAAAAUCUCAGUUCACCCUUUUAAUUUAUGGAGCGCUUUUCUUUCUCGUAUUACUUAUAUUAAUAUCUCGACCUCCGUUACGAACAUCUUGGAGGGAUAAUACCUGAACUCUCGGCAUGAUUACCUAGAGUGUCUAUCUCGUCCCCCGUCCAUUCCAAAUCGAUUCAACCCCGGUUACUCUCCGCGCAGUUACGCGAUGCAAAUUCUUCUCAACCUCUCUCCCAGCUUUUCAUGUUUUGCCUUUGGCGUAAAACUUGAAUAUCUUCAGCCUGUCUUUGUCUGAGCGUCUCUCAGUUUUCGGAAUAGACUAUCGCCCAAGAUUCCGACCAGAAAAAUGAGCCAUGCGGCCCUGUACCUUGCAUAUUCCGUUAUUUCGGCUAUAUACACAUAUUCGCAUGAGUUGCUGGAAAGUGCAGAGCCAUUUUUAGCUGGUGGACAAGGCGAUGGUUCCAUUUUACCGGCGAAUUCUAUCCCUCGUGUGCCAUUCUCUCAAAGGUCGGGUUGAGAAGUCGAGACGAUAUCAUAUGGGAGGGUGAUAGUAAUGAACUGAUUUACCAAGAGUCCAAUGUCAUGCAUCGUUCACUUUGUGUUUCCAUACCCGCGCCUGACUCUAGCAGUUUUUUCUUUUUGACUUUUUCCUUUUUCUUUUUUUGUUUCAUUUGUUCUAUUGGCGUCGUGCUGGGUUGCCACCGUAUAUCUGUUUUUUGUUCCUCUUUCGACUCUCCAUGUAAGUCUUUUUUGGCCUUUGAUUGAUGAAGUAUCUCCGAGUAGAAUAUUGUACGUAGAGCAGCGGACCUCAGUGAGCGAAGUACUUCUAGCAAACUUACCCGGUUAAUAUUGUCCAAUAUAUUCAAUAACAGGAGAUUCCCAGGCUUAA